AUGUUAAGCAAGAAAAAUGCAUUAGAUUCACCAGCACCUGAUAAUGAUAUCGAUGUUAAUGAAAAAUACACGUUCCUGAAAAAGAUUGGUAAGGGAAGUUAUGGUGAAGUUUGGCUCGUUUUACCGAAUAGUCCUUUAUCAAUAAGAUCUCAAUCAAAACAACUUGUUCUUAAACGAUUAGAUCUGCGUCCAUCAGCCAAUAGCCCAUCACAAAAUGAUAUUGAAAGUGCUGAACGAGAAGCAAAAUUAUUAUCGACAUUGAAACAUCCAAAUAUCGUUGCUUAUAUUGAAUCGUUUUGUUCAAAUGAUGGAUGUCUUAACAUAGUCAUGGCAUAUUGUGAAGGUGGAGAUUUAUAUACCAAACUGAAAGAAAAAAAAGCAAAGAAAGAGUCAUUAGCAGAAGAUCAACUCAUUGAAUGGUUUAUUCAAAUAUGUAUGGCUUUACAGUAUAUUCACGAGAAAAAUAUUCUUCAUCGUGAUCUAAAAACACAAAAUAUAUUUUUAACAAAACACGAUAUUGUCAAAGUCGGUGAUCUAGGUAUUGCAAGAGCACUUGAAUCGGCAAGUGAAUUUGCAACGACAAUUGUUGGAACGCCAUAUUAUAUGAGUCCAGAGAUAUUUUCUCAAAGACCUUACGGACAAAAAUCAGAUAUAUGGGCACUUGGAUGUUGUGUUUAUGAAAUGACAACACUUGAACACGCGUUCAAUGCUAAAGAUAUAAAUGCGUUGGUGAUAAAAAUACUUCGUGAACAGACGCCACAAAUGUCAAAAAAAUACAGUGAACCGCUAAUAGAUAUUAUAAAAUCGAUGUUGAAAAAAAAUCCAGAUGAUCGACCAACAGCAAAACAAAUUUUACAAAAUUCUUAUAUCAAACAACACAUUCUAAGAUUGUUGGAGAAAACAAAAAUCAAAUGUCCCAAUCCAGUCAAUGCAAAAACUCGAUCGAAACUAAGUAGUUCGCCUGUAUCUUCGCCUUCACGUCCAAACAGUUCUGCUAAGACGUCGCCGUCAAGGAUUCUUUUUUCCAAUGAUAGUAAUCCCACGCCAAUACUUCCUUCUCAUCCACCAUUGCCGCCGUCAUAUUCUCGACCAACAUCAGGAGUUGACGCUAACCGAUCGUCACCAGUUGCAGAUUUUUUACCACCGAGUGAACCGAGUGCGAACGAUUCAAGAGCUCGUCGUCGCCAAUCACGUCGAACUAAUCAACCACUGCCAGCUAAUGGCCAAGAUAAAGAUCUCAGAUUAAUAUCAAAAAUUAAUCCCAAUUAUACAUUAGAUCGCGCAAGGCGCGAUCACAAAUUAAAAGAACAUGUAAAACAAAAUCAACAACUAUCAUCUGAUGAUGAUCAUGAUCCAUCGCUUGUUCGGCAAUAUAAUAAUGAUAUUACUCAAUCAACCAGAAGUGUCGAAUCACCACAACGAGAAAUGAGACCAAGUUCAGUUGAAUUAAGAAAGAACUCUUCUCGUCCUUCAUCAUCUCAGCCACAACCACGCAUAACAAAAUCAUACGAUUUAAAUCAGGGAUCUGUUUCUACAGCACGUCAACGACGUCGCGAAUUCAAAACACAAUCAUCAUCAUCUGAAUAUUCAAUAUCAUUUGAUUCACCGAGUCAAACACCAACAAUAACGUUAACAAAUGAAUUAUCAACACCGACAUUACUAAAUAAUUUCUUCGAUGAAAAUGAACAAAAACAAGAAGGCGAAAAUGAUAUAAAUGAUUUCGUUUUAAUGUUAACUUCUACCUUACAAUUACCAACAGUAAAUGCUCGUCGUUCAGAUCAGUUAGCAUUUAGUGGUAAUGAUAAAGAUAGAACAAUGUCUGGCCGAUUAAAUGAAACAAGCCGUAUUCAACAACGUUAUCAACAAAUUCGACAACAAUGUUUACGUGAAAUUAGUCCUAAUAGAUUCCGACGUGUUUUCAAAAUCAUUGAAAACGUUAGUGAACCACAGAUGAUACCCGAAAUGAUUGCCGAACUUGGUCAAGAUGUAUACAAUAGAUACUCUGGUCUAAUAUUUUCAUUGAAAUUUUAUGAAGAUAAUUCACUCGCAGAUCAAUAA